AUGGCUCUUCCCCGGGGCUCCAUCAGCCCCGAGGCCGCCCUGUGCCCUCCCUUCCACUGCCGGCAGGAUGAGGCCUCUCUCACCCUGCUCCUACAUGUGCCCGGCAUCCAGCCCCAGAGCCUCAGCGGGGACGUGGGCACGAACCACUACAGCCUCCGCUUCUCCAGUGACACUGGCACCUAUGCCCUCUUCUUAGAGUUUCCUCCCGCAAACAGGCUGGCGUCCCCCGAGACCAGCGUUAGCGUGUCUGCCCACAACGCUGCCAUCGGCCUCGCCAAGGCCCCCGGCAGCACCGGGCCCUGGGAGAAGUUCUGCUUCGGCCUUGACGCCUCCGCUCUGCAGAAAGGUUUCCAUGAAACCGUUCCUGCGUUUCCUGGGACGCUGCCUUUGCCGCUGCGGCUGUUCUCUGCGGAGGCAAUGGCCCUGCAGCAUCUGCGGGUGACCCUGUGGUUAAAAUCGCUUCAGACGGAGCGAUCUAAGGAUGCCAUUUGCUGUAUUUUGACCCGCAGGAAGCGGUCCGUUCUGAGCGUGAUGGAGAGGAAGAAACGCUUAGCAGCUCAGGAGGAGAUCGCGCUGAAAAGACAGGUGGCGACUACCCCCAAACAAAAGCAGAAACAAACGGUCCCGCAGCUGACGCCGUUGAAGGAGAACGUGUUUUCAGCGAUUCCUGGCGAAGCUGGGAGAGAGGAACCAGAUUUAGAAAGUGCCGUCACAGCAGGAGCAACGGCCGUGGGCUCUGAAGAACCAGCGGGUGUUCUGCUGGAGGGGCGGGCGAAAGCGGGAGGGGACGAAGCGCCCGCGGGGUCAGCCCAGGGGAGCCGGCGCGGCUCGGCCAGCAGAGCAGCCGCCCCGCUCCUGCGAGAAGUGAACGCGCAGGAUGGGAGCGUGCGGGUCAUCGGGGAUCACGUAACGCGCUGCCCCGUCGUGUUUCAGAAUUCUUUGCUGUAUGAAUUGGACUAG